CCCUUCUCCCUGAAACCGAAAGGAAACCCUAGCUCUUCUACUUCCCGUCUCUCACGCCCAAAACAGGGCAAAAUUAAUUUUUUCAAAAUUAAUCAAGAAAUUGACUAUAAAACCCGCCACUGCGGUAGUUCUACGAUUCAAAAUUUCCAGAUUCGGAAGGCUGGUGGCCAAUCAACGUGCGUGAUCUUGGCGGUUUGCAGAACAUAAUCCAAUUCUUCUUGCUGCUUGGAUCCCGAUCUGAGAAUGUGCUAUGGAAUUUAAGACAUUUGCGGUUUUCAUCUUCGUUGAUUGGAUUGUGGUUUAGUGGAUGGAACAUAGAGCAGGAGAUAGCAAUGGAGAGGAAAUUCCUAAAAAGACGAGAUCUCUUGAUCUUAAGAGUCUAUACGAAACAGAGAGUUCAAAAGAGGCCCCAGGUAAGAAUUUGAAGCGGAAAAAUGGUCUAGAUGAUGAUGAUGGCAGUGUGAAGAGAAGUAAUAAGAGGAAGAAGGGUAGGAAGGCAGUGUCUAUUAAUAGAUUGAAGACUGUUACUGGCAAUGGCAGCAAGAGUCUGGAAGAAGUGUACAAUGGCAGCUUGACUUCGGUUUCACUCGAUUCGAGAGACUCGAAGCUGUGCUUGAGUCAGAAGUCGAAUGACUGUGGUGGGCUCAAUGUGAUUUCAUUAGCUUUGGAAGAUGAUGUUGUUAAAGUCCCGAGGCGGAAGCGAGGUAUAGUUAGGCGACGGAAAGUUGAGAAUGGCGGUGGAGUGUUGAAGCUGGAAGAGAAGAAUGGCAAAAUGGGUGAUGUUGAUGAGGUUGGCAGGGGGGCAGCUGAUCAAGAUCAUGUGAAUCCUGUAAAUAACGGCAAACAUUUCAAGGCUUCUAAGCUUAAAAGGAAGAAAAGAUCAGAUGACUUGAAGGAAAAUAUAAAUGGUGAAUCCAAUUCAGGUAGAGAUGUGAAGGAAGAGGACGGCCAGGAUAUGAUCUCAAUUGAGAAAAAUGGCGAGUCUUCCCCCAAGAUUUCCCUUACUGGCCAUUCAGCUGAAAAUGCUGAUGAUCACCCUUCAAAUGGCUCUCUUAGGAAGCGAAGCAGAAAAAGGAAGAACAAGGUAUCAGAUGUGACAAGUCCAUCAAAGGAGGCUGAGCCUUCAGGUGAAAAAUCUGUCAAGAUUGUUGAUAAGGUUGUGCGGGAGGAUGAAGAAGAUAAUCUAGAAGAGAAUGCUGCAAGAAUGCUAUCGUCACGAUUUGAUCCUAGCUUUACUGGAUACUUGUCGAAGAAGAAAGUCUCAUCUCUACCGCCUACCAAUGGCUUGAAUCAUCCAUUGUCCUCUAGUAAAGAAUUUGUAGCUCGGGGAGGAAGCUAUGCCUCUGCUUCAGAUUCUGCUUCUGGUGAUGGUGCUGUUAGAGUUUUGCGACCGAGAAAGCAGUUCAAAGAGAAGAGUGGUGUUAGGAAGAGACGACAUUUUUAUGAUAUUAUUUCUGGUGAAUUGGAUGCACACUGGGUAUUAAAUAGGAGAAUCAAAGUAUUUUGGCCAUUGGACGAAAGUUGGUAUUAUGGCCUUGUUAGUGAUUAUGACAAUGAGAGAAAGCUUCAUCAUGUCAAGUAUGAUGACCGUGACGAGGAGUGGAUCAAUCUUCAGAAUGAGAGGUUCAAACUCUUACUGUUCCCUAGUGAAGCACCAGGCAGAAACCACCGAACAAGAUCCUUGUCAAGGAGGAAACACACCAUUGUAAGUGAAAGUAAGUCGAAUCACAGUAAAGAUAGCAAGAGGAAAAUGAGAGCGGAAGUUGAUAGCUUGGUUGGUAAUCAUAUAGAUUCAGAGCCCAUCAUCUCGUUGUUGGCUCGUUCAUCUCGAAGAGUGAAAUCUUCUCCAGUUUGUGCUACAGAGAAGGAGAACAAGUCCUGUGAACACCCCAGUUGUGGGGAAUCUUUGACUAGGGAUACUACAGUUGGUUGUGACUGCAAGGACGGAGAGUCUCUGAGUGCCGGAACAGCCAGAAAGUCCUUUAGUUCUACUCUUCCAGAUGAACCAGCCACGUCUAGGAGUGAGUUAUGUGCCACAGGGAGUCCUUUGUGUAACAACGAGAGAAAGCCUCCAAUUGUCUACUCCAGGAGGCGGGUUCGUAAGAGAAGUUUUUGGGCGUGUCAUGAUUCUAAAGUCAAUCGCAUGAAUACUGGUGUUCUUGCUCCUGAUAAUUAUGCUAGGCCUUUAUAUUCUGAAGUGGCGUUUGACAAGUUGGUGCCUGUGGAUUCACUGUGGUCAAUUGAUAGUACUGGAAUUUUGAAAUUGAAUUUCGCAAUUAUACUGUCAAGAAAUUUCACAUUUAAGUUGCGUUGCCCAGUACCAGCUUUCCGGAGUCGCUCGUUCAGUAAGUUGAGCAUCUCUUUGUCCCAUGCUAUAUUGCUACUUCAGUAUGGGCAACUGAUGACUAUGUUGCCAAGGGUUCAACUGGAGAUGCUUAUUGUAGAUAAUGUAGUGGGAUUGAGGUUUCUACUUUUUGAAGGAUGCUUGAAGCAAGCUGUGGCAUUUGUUCUUGUGGUCCUGAACAUAUUUGGUAAACCUGAUGAACCUGGGAAGUCUAUUCACUUAGAGUUGCCAGUGACUUCAAUUAGAUUCAAGUUCUCGUGUACUAGUUAUAUUGGGAAACAGCUUGCAUUUCUGUUUCAUAAAUUCUCCGAGCUUGAAAAUUCUAGUUGGCUACUCCUGGAGCGUAAAAUAAACAAGCAUUGUCUACUUUCUCGGCAACUGCCUCUGUCGCAAUGUACUUAUGCCAACAUUAAGGAUCUGCAAAAUGGUAGACAUGGGCUACUUGCUUCUGUUUUGAACGGCACCAGAACAAUUAAGGGAUCCAGCAGGAGGGCCAGGCAGCAGAUUAGUUUCACGAGUGUUCCUAGAAAGCCGAGACACGGCAAAGCUAGUCACUAUGUCGACCCUGAGAGGGACCAAAGAUUUAUUCCUCCAAUGUCUCUCUCCUUUACUGCUGCACCUACCUUUUUUCCAGGACUUCAUCGUAGGCUGCUUAUCGAGCACACUCUGACUCGCAUCAGAUUUCAAGAUCAUUACUCGGAGGGGGAUCCUGAAAUGAGUGGCAGGUUGCUAGUGGAGGACCAGUCUUGCGUGGGAGAGUGCUCAAUUAUAACUCCUGAAAGCAAUUCUCGUAAGGUACUCAAGGCUGUGUCAAGGGACAUGGGUUCUGAUGAAGUCUCUAUAUCUCAUUCUAGGGAUGCAAUGAAUUCCCUUUUGGAGUCCAACAGUGGUACAAAUGUUCUUGGAUCUUCUUCUGUCGUUGAGGAGACUGUGAACACGGGGAAUGAUGCAGACUACGAGCUACCGUCUCAGCCUUUGGAUUCUGCACAACAGAAAAUCUUGUGCCUGUCAUCUGCUGGAGAUGAAGCCAAGUUCCAUGCAGAAUCUCCUUCACCUUCUCUUCAUAAUGGAAUCACAGUUGAAAUCCCUUCUGAUAAAUUUGAUAAAGAUGUUGAUGGUGUUUCACAUGUGCAACAAUCUUGUGGCGAUUUGUCAUGGAAUUUGAACAGUGGUGUUAUUCCCAGCCCAAACCCUACCGCACGUAGAAGUACAUGGCAUCGAAAUAGAAGCAGUUCAGCUUCUUUUGGAGGCUUUGCGCAUGGAUGGUCAGAAGGAAAGUCCGAUUUUCUUCACAGUAACUUUGGUAAUGGACCAAAGAAGUCACGUACACAGGUGAAUUAUGCUUUUCCUUCGGGCGGUUUUGAUCUUAGCUCCAGAGGUAAAGGUCAUCAGCACAAAAUGCAUCCACAUAAGCGAAUUAGGACUUCAAACGAGAGGAGGUCUUCUGAUACUUCGAGGGCCCCUGAAAAGAACCUAGAUUCGUUGUCUUGCGAUGUAAACCUUUUGCUAACUGUUGGUGAUAAAGGUUGGAGAGAGAGUGGUGUACAGGUUGUGCUGGAACUUUUUGAACACAGUGAGUGGAGGCUUGCUGUGAAACUCUCCGGCACCACAAAGUAUUCAUACAAGCCACAUCAAUUCCUGCAGCUUGGUUCGACAAACCGGUUUACACAUGCUAUGAUGUGGAAAGGAGGGAAAGAAUGGAUAUUGGAGUUUCCUGACAGGAGCCAGUGGGCUCUUUUCAAAGAGAUGCACGAAGAGUGUUAUGAUCGGAAUGUACGUGCGGCAUUGGUGAAAAAUAUUCCAAUUCCUGGUGUUCGAUUGAUAGAGGAAAAUGAGAGUCAUGUAGCAGAAGCACCAUUUCUGAGAACCUCGAAGUACUUUUGUCAGGAGGAAACUGAUGUUGAGAUGGCUUUGAAUCCAUCCAGAGUGCUGUAUGACAUUGAUAGUGAUGAUGAGCGUUGGAUGUCAGAAACGUGUAGUGCCCUAGCAGUUCAAAAUGACAGUUCCAUGGAGAUUUCCAAAGAUAUUGUUGAGAAAAUCAUGGACACAUGUGAGAAAGCUGCAUAUUCUCGGCAAUGUGUCCAUUUUAGUGCUGAAGAAGUAAAUGAUCUCAUGGGUGGUGUAGCGUCUAUUGAAGUAAUCAGGAUGGUUUUUCAGUAUUGGCACCAGAAGAGAAGUAGGAAGGGAAUGCCACUGAUUCGGCACCUUGAGCCACCACGUUGGGAAAGAUAUCAACAAGAAGUGAAAGAGUGGGAGCAAGCGAAGGCAAAAAAUGUCCCUUCAAAUGGUUGCUCUAAGAAGGUUGGUCAAUGCGAGAAGCCACCAAUGUUUGCAUUUUGCCUGAAACCACGAGGUUUGGAUCUACCCAACCGAGGGUCAAAACAUAGGUCACACAAGAAAUUCUCAGUUUCUGGGCAAAGCAAUACCUUUUCCGUCUAUCACGACGGUUUUCAUGCUUACGCAGGCAGACGAAUGAACGGCUUUGCAUCUGGCGACGAGAGGGUUUCACAUUUAGGACACAAUUACGACUCCAUGGACGAUUCUCCAUUACCUCAGAGAUCACCAAGUUUUUUCUCACCAAGGGAAGCAGAUGCAGGCAGCUCGGGCUACUUUUACCCCAAUCCUCAUAGAUACCACCACUUGCAGAAGAAAUUUCAGAGAAGCAAAUCGAACAAAGUGGUGGGGACUUCAACUCUAUCCCCUAUGGGACCUCAGAUGGUACCUUCAUUCAAUCAGCGCAUGUUUAUGAAAAGGAAUACCAGCUUUCAUCACUGGCCGCACGAACGACAACCUGAUCCCCAUCUAGACUGGUCUCUUCAGCACAUGCCUGACCAAUUGGAAGGCUCGGAUCUUGAAGAAUUGCGAACUCGUGAUGCAUCUAGUGCAGCUCAACAUGCUCUCAAGGUGGCCAAGUUCAAAAGAGAGAAAGCUCAGAGACUACUCUGCAGGGCUGAUUUAGCUAUCCACAAGGCUGUUGUUUCCCUGAUGACAGCCGAAGCUAUUAAGGCAGCUUCCUCAGAGGAUGCAGACGAUGACGACCUAUGAUAUACGAGGUUUGGAAUUCUUUCUUUGGGAACUUUGGCAGCUAGAGGGUUGCCUGUGGAGUGUGAACUCUGCAUUUGGUUUUUGCAUAUAGCCCUGGUUAGAGAGGGGGACAAUGGUGGUGGUGGUCUUGCACCGAGGUACGCGUUUGGCUACUCCCUUGGUGGUUUCGUGAACCCGGUUCGAUGUGGCACUGAUGAUCCAUCCUGGACGUGACUGGUGAGGGGUGUUGCUGGAAUUUUGGGCCUGAAUUUUCCUUUUGUACAGAUUUUUUCACUUUUCCUCCCUCUUUACUUUUUAGCCUUCUUCAGGGUUCUCUGUUUCUUCUUCUCCUUCUUUAGCCUUGAUGCCUGAGAUAGCAGCUUUAGCCGAAAUAACACAACACUCCUUGGUAUGGUAGUAGAGAAGGAGAGGGGGGGUAAGAAAAAAGGUUUGAGAAGAGUUGCUUGGUAGAUAGAUUGAAAUGCUGCUGCAGGUUUCGGGGAGCGUUUGUUCAUUCGAAAAAAGAAAAAAGAAAAAAAAAUCAUUUUUAGGGUUAGGGAUAUGUACCAAUGGUGAAGAACAUAUCUCUGGAAAUAGGGGCAGGAAAAAAGGGGGAACAAGUUGUGUAAGUAAAUUAUCCUUUUUUUCUUCUUUGUUCUUUCUAAUUUUUCAUAGAGGUGAAAUUUGGAGGCAAAUGAAAAGAGAUCCUAUUGUUGAUGUCUGAUGAUGUCCCUAGCCUUGCUUUUCGUUUCCAUGGCUCUGCCUUUGUACAGUUGCUGAAUUUCUUGAUCCAACGGCACUGGCAUUUGAUGAAUGUAUCCUCACUGAUACUGAAAAAUGAAAGAUGUUCCCAUUGAG